CUCUCCUCUCCUUUAGUCACGCCGGUUUCACUACCCCAAUUCACUCUCUUUAAUUCCUUCUUCUUAGUUCUUACUAAAACAGAACAUAAAAAGUAACAACUAAUUUCUUUCUCCAUUCUUCCAUUCUCCCAUCCUUCCAUUCUUCCAUCCUCCACUUCUCUCCAUCUUUUCUCUCUUCUGCAAAGAAGAGAUGUCUGAAUUCUGUUUCUCAAUCUUUAACAAGAACAACAAGACUCAUUUUUCUAGUCUGCUCCUUACUGACUUCAUCAUCUUCUGCUCCUUCAUACUGUCUCAUCCUCUAUACUUCUCUUACUUGCUUUUCUUCUCUCCUUACCUCCUUAAACUCCUCUCCUUUCUUUCUCCUCUCUUCAUCACCACUUUUCUCCUCCUCCUUACUCUCUCAACUGUCUUCCCCGGCAUCUUGGAUGACAAGGUCUCUCUAGAAACCUCAGAGUCUAAAGUGGGCUUCCUCCUUGACACAUAUCGAAAAGUUGUACACACAUUACGGUCCAGACUUGACGACGAAAGCAUCGAAUUCAGCCUCUUCGAGGAGCUAGAAGCAUGUGUGGUGGUGUUCAACACAAUUGGUUUCAAUGUAGGAGAAGGAGAAGAAGACCCAAUUGAGGUUUUAGAAACUAAGUUUGAUGGGAAAGGCUUACAAGCACUAGACAUUGGUUUAGAUGAACUUGAAGCUGCAGUAACUAACAAGUUAGAAGAAAACCCAGUUGAGGUUUGUCAGAGGAAAUGGAAAUGUGGAGGAGAUAGCCUAGGAUGCUUCUUACAGGAUACAGUUCCAUCUGAAGAAGAAGAAGAAAAUCAUGACAUUGUACCAAAAGGUACUGUGUCCGACAAGAUUGGAGAAAACCAAGAAGAGUACUCACUAGUAGUAGUGGGUGGAGGUGGAGGAUCCAAGGCGGCAGCUGUUAACAGGGUAAAUGAAAACCCAAUUAAAUUGAGUCUGGAAUAUGGGAAUCCAAAGGUACUGGGUGGAGGUGGAGGAUCCAAGGCAGCUGUUAACAGGGUAAAUGAAAACCCAAUUAAAUUGAGUGUGGAAUAUGGGAAUCCAGAGGUACUGGGUUCCAGCCUUGGGAGCUUUGGGUCAAUGAGGAAAGAAAAGGAGUGGAAGAGGACAUUGGCAUGCAAGCUUUAUGAGGAAAGAAGGAAUGUUGAUGAUGAUGAUGAAGAAGAAGGGAUGGAUUUACUAUGGGAGACUUAUGAAACUGAGACAGGGAAGGUGAAAUUGGAAAAGAAGGAGAAGAAAGUGAAAAGCAAGGAUAAGAAGCAAACAAAGAAGAAGAAGAAACAUGAAGUUGAGUACUAUGAGGAUGAUGAGGAAGAGGAUGAUGAUAUGAAUGAACAAUUCUGCUGCUUACAGGCUUUGAAAUUCUCAACAGGGAAGAUGAAUUUGGGAAUGGGCAGGCCUAACCUUGCAAAGAUUUCCAAGGCCUUGAAGGGAAUUGGAUGGUUUCACCAGAUCAGUCGGCAUGGUAAGAAAGGGUAGAUCAAUUAUAUUAGAUUUUCCUUUUUCUUUUUUUAAUUAAAUCCUGUUUCACUUGGUUUGAUGUUAAAGUUGUUAGACAAAUUCCCAAAGUAAAUAUGUUAUUUCAUAUACUCACUCAAAAUUUUCAA